UAUUAUUUUGAGAUUUUGCAGUUAGCUAAUACACUAAACAUGCAUGUCAGAAGAAUGUUCAUGAGGUUGUAUAGCCAGCUGUGAAAUGAACUAGGCAACAGACUAGAUUACAAUAUUUCAAUAUAAACAGUGGUAAGUGUACCGUGGAUCUUGAUCUCUACCUAUGCCUAGGCAUGUUUGUUUAAUUUAGAUUAAUUCAGAUUCGGGACAUGAAUAUAGUGUAGUUUGUAAUGUUACUGUUAUAAUGUCAAUGCUAAUAAUGUUAUGUUAAAGGAACGACCAUUGCCGAUCAGCAAAUCACAGCAAAAGAGUUUCCUUGUCACUUCAUCAUCAUUAUUAUAAUUUUUAUUAUUAUUAUUAUUGCUGUAGUGUAACCAGUAAAAUACAAAACUUUACAGGGGAAAACAGAUUAUCUUUGCUGUAACCUUAAACAUUGUAACGGUAGGUGGCAGUCAAUGCACAACGAUACAACAGAGUACCCAGAAAAUGAAAGAGCAAGAAUUAUUCAGCUUCCCGCCAUGUAAAGGAACCAGGAAGAAGUGAACACCGUGACGUUAGUUGUUAGAUUGUGAGUUAAUGUUUUUUUAUGUGAUAUAAAGCUAUGCUGUGAAAAGUCUUUUCAGUGACGAACAUAACCGUCAAGUUAACCAGCUGGACUCUGUAUAGUCACUGAAGCUGAGGAAGGACAGAGGGAGUGAGAAGACCACCGCCACAUACGCAGAAUCAAAGCAUGUCAGAGCCCAGGCGAAGGUCCACGAGAGGAGAGCAGCAGGAGGCCGGCUCCCAGACCAAUGGACGCAGCAAGGCGGCGCGAGCCGCGGAGGUGGGCGAGGAGGACGAGGGUGGGGCUGGUCCGUCCACGUUCCAGGAGGAGGACGAUGACCCGGCCCGACGGAGAGAGCUCCGGAGCCGGUACCGAGAUCUCAUCAACUCUGUUCAGCAGAAUCGUGAGGAUAUGCUGAGCCCUGCCAACAACAAGCUGACUGAUGUUCUGGAGGAAGCCAACAGACUCUUUGUCAACGUUCGGCAAGCAAGAGAGGCGGCUCUGGACGCCCAUCUGCUGGUGCUGGCCACUGACCUCGGCAAGGAGAAAGCCAGCCAGCUGCACGCCGACGGCUCGGCCUUCGAUCUCACAGCUUACGCUGAGCACUUGCUCUCCUUCAUGGGCAUAAACCGUCUAGAGGGGGAGGAUGAUGAGGAUGGCAGGACCACGGGCUAUCUCCCUCCGGAUGCUUGGCUCAGACUGAACAAGAAGGUGUCAUCCUUCAGAGUUGCCCCCCUUUUCCACUUCAUGCUGGGCUCCUUUGAGGCCGCGCCUCCUGAGCCCCGUCAGCGAGUGGAGAGGCAGAGGAGGGUGCCUAACAAGGAGGCCAAGAGGGUCAUGCCUACUCAGCUGAAGAAAAUGGCGGAAUCACACCAGGAAGCCACGGAGAAAGAGGUGGAGAGGAUUCUGGGAUGCCUGCAGAGCUAUUUUGCUGAUGAUCCGGAGUCUCCCAUAUCCUACUAUGAGUUUGUCAUAGACCCCACAUCUUUUGCACGGACAGUUGAGAACAUAUUCCACACCUCCUUUUUGGUCAGAGAUGGCUUGGCUCGGGUUUACUUGGACGACGACAAGCUUCCUUGUGUCGCCCCUGUGGAGGAUGGAGAAGUCGAACCAGGAGGCACCACCAACAGACAGCAGUGCAUCGUCUCCAUCUGCCCAGCUGAUUGGAAGGAGCUCAUCAGAGUGUUUGAAAUCAAAGAGGCCUUAAUUCCCGCCCCUGCCCUCCCCCCUCAGGAUGACUGAAGGCAGUCCUGGCAUCUGGAGCUCGCCUUUGUUUCAUCUUUCUGUUUUUACUGUUAUUGUUAUUUGUUGAGUUCAUUUACAUUAUCUGUGUACUCUAUUUAUGUAAUUUUAGUGCUUUGUAUAUAAAUGUAAAUUUUUUUCUACUUUGGGACUUGUUCAGGUGUGUGUGUGAGUAGUUGGUUGCUGUUGUAACUACUGAACAUGAAGAAGAAAGAUGGCGACGUUAUUGUAGUAGAAAUGCCCUUCAAUAAACAUUUAUGCGACUGA